AUGUCAUACUUCGGCCCAGAGACUUACAAUGAGAACCAAUUUGAGGAAGACUUGGAUGAAGAAAGUGUGGUUUUAACGCUGGUCCCAUUUACAGAGGAGGAAGAGUCAGCCACAGACUAUCCUACGCAAUCAGAUGUUUCUUCUUCAACCCUAGACUACAAACCACCAGCCCGUUCCCUGGUGAGGCAUGAGGGGAUCAAACACCCAACCAGAACCAUACCAAGCACCUGUCCUCCGCCCAACCUGCCUCCGAUUAACGACGUGUCCCGGAACACUCUUCGGGAGUGGUGUCGGUAUCAUAACUUGAGUACGGAUGGCAAGAAAGUUGAGGUCUAUUUGAGACUUCAGAGACACUCAUAUUCUAAACAAGUAUGCCAUAUCCCCAAUACAUCUCAUGAGGCCAGAAUGAAGCAGGGUCCCAAGAGAUCCAAGAUAGUCUUCAGAGGAAUCGGGCCUCCAAGUCGGAAGCAGGCGAGUGGUAUCCUGGAAAUUCUAACUUCACCUAAGGGGUCCACGUUUGCAGCCUGGGCAAGGAUUGCCAUGAGAGCGGCCCAGUCAAUGUCUAAGAAUCGAUGCCCUCUUCCCUCUAAUGUGGAGGCCUUUCUGCCACAAGCCACUGGUAAGACCUCCCUAAAGAUCAACAAGAAGAUGCUAAGAAACUUUAAAAUUAGAAGCCGUGCAAAGAAAAAUGCCCUACCCCCAAAUAUGCCGCCUUAG